CCGGGUUCCCACACUAUUCUGCCACAAACCACUGAGUCACGUCGCUGGCAAACGCGCCUAUCAGCGCUCAAGCUGUGAUCACGCCAGGUCCGCCCGACUCAUUGAGUCACAGAACCCGCAUGGACCAGCAUGUGGCCGCCCCUGGUCCGGACAACUGUCCUGAAAUGGUAGCUCGUGCGCAGCGAAGAUAAAGAGUGGACAAAGCGGCCAGCCGUGGACAAAGCCCAAAGGAAUUCUUUUAUCCGCACUCCCGCCAAAGCACUUGCGAGGAAACGUAUUUGAGUGGCUGAACGAGCUUUCCAGGUGUACCAACACCCUCAACUUCUACUGAACAGUUUACUUUACCUAUACCCCUAUCACGCGUUGCGAUACUUCACAAUGCCAUCUCGUAUUCCAAAUGUUACACGCCAGACCAAGGUUAGCAACGCCAACGGCUAUUAUCUCAGAUGCCGCGAUGUAGAUGGCACAUCUGUCCUGAUCACUCAAACUGCUACUGGUCUUGGCGCUCAUACGCGCUGGAUCUACCCCGAGCAAGACACGAACAAUAAUGAAGAAGAGACUGGCAUGGAUAUAGACGAGGAGGGGAACGCCACACCACCGCCGAGCAACACGACGUGCUUCCCUCAGACUCCUAUGACUCAGCAUGCGUUCGACGCGGGCUCUGUCCUUCGCACGCCCGUAAAGAGGCCCCAGCCACUUCAGCGCAGCCCCGAGCGCAUCGGCUUUAAAGGGAUUAACUUUUGGCACAACAAUUCACUGGGUACUAGCUCUGGUAUUCGCGUGAGAUAUGUAUUGCAGAGGCCCGUCGGCUCCGCCACGAACUUGACAAAGGAGCAAAUUCUCGAGCACGAGUUCCAGAGGAACCACGAGACCUUUUUGACUCAAGUGGGAAAUUUACUAGGCAGCGAAGAGAAAGAACGGGUGGCGAGAGAGAUGAAUUCGACUUUACCGGCAGUGGAUACGUCUGCUGGUGCAGGCACUGCAAGACAUGUUCACUUUGUCUCGCCCGAGCGGUCUAUCUUUAUCGAAGAGGAAGAGGAGGUAUCAGAGUUUGGAGUUGGACCUACGGGUGAGAGAUUGAAUUCGCAAGGUCUUCCGAUACUCGGAGCACACGGGACUGUCAUGAUCGACCCCACGUUCAAGCCUCAAGUUCGACCGACGCUGCCUACCCCGAAGGCAGUGCAGAUACAAACCGACCCUGCGGACCAAGAGAACACCAAGCACCUUGGCAGCAUCACCGUCGAGGGGAAGGAAUGGCAGGUCUACAAAACCUUGAGGCCUAGGAAGGACGGACAACCCCGAAUUAUCAUGUCGUCUCCUGUGCAACCCAGGACGCGUAAGCCUCGGAAGAGCGUGGGGUCACCGCCUCUAACGAGGCACCCUACCAUUUUGAUUGACGUUAUCUAAGGGGAGUGUCGUCUGUUCGAAAUCGGUAGCCCGGGAGGACACGCCUCAUCAUGAACUCGCAUCAGUAAUAUUAUAGUUGUUAUGCUCAAUGUAAUACUUAUACAGGCACUACUUGCGCGCUCAUCACAUAUGGAUUGUACAGCACUGGCAGGUACCUCUAUGAUUAUUAAUAUCCCUCACAAUAUGAUGUAUUUUUGAAUGGCC